UGCAGCCUGCAGCCCUCACUUGGAGAGGCAGUGAGGGCUGGGAAGGAAGGCAGACAGGAAGGAAGGAAGGAAGGAAAGAAGGAAAGAAGGAAGGAAAGAAGGAAGGUGUCUGUCCUGGACACGCCAUGGCCGCCCGCACCGUGCCCCACGCCUACCCCAUGAGCUCUGAGUAUGAGUUUGCCAACCCCAGCAAGAUCUAUGACCAGAACUUUGGAGAAGGUGUGUCCCCGUCGGAGAUUUUAGCCCCUGCCCUGUACCACGGCUACUACAUCCGACCCCGCAUCAACAAGCAGCUGGAGAGGGGCACCUCGGAGAUCUGCCUGAACCAGCACAAGUUCCAGGUGUUCCUGGACGUCUGCCAGUUCCUGCCCGACGAGCUCAGCGUCCGCACCGUGGACAACCUGCUGGAGGUGGUGGGGCAGCACCCGCAGAAGGCUGAUCGCCACGGCUUCAUCUCCAGGGAGUUCACCAGGACCUACAUCCUGCCCCUGGACGUGGAUCCCUUGCUGGUCAGGGCCACCCUGUCCCACGAUGGCAUCCUGAGCAUUGUGGCUCCCCGGACGGGCAAGGAGGUGAAGGCCAGGGUCAACGAGGUGAAGAUAACCCAGCAGGAGCAGCCAGUGGGGAAGGAGGAACAGGCUGAGGAAGGAAAAGAGAAGGAAAAAUCCUAAAGGCCGCAGAUCUGGGAAGGUGGGGGGGACAGGGAUGGGGAAUCCGCAGUGCCAGACCCCUGUUCCUCACCAUCAGUGUUUAACAGGGCCUUGAGGCAGCCACACUUCUGCUUCUCGAGGCUGAUGGCUGGGAACAAAAGGGACUUGGAACUGGAAAAAAGAGUGGGACUGAAGUGUGAGUGUGAGUGACUGUAAUGCAAGUUUUCUCCUAGGUCAGGUGAGCAUGCAGGCAGCUCUGCUCUCACCCUUAACUGUGAGGCUGUGUCUCAAUGGACUGAGCUCUAGCCCAGAAAGGCACUGGGAAGAGAAAAGGGGAUCCCAGUGCCUGGCUCCUGAGCUGGAGGCUGAGAUUCGUGGCUGUGCAAGGUGGGUGUUGGUCUGUAAAAGUGCCUGCAGCAAUCAGGAGGAGAGAGGAAUAAAUCUGCCUCUGCUCUU